AUGGCAGCAGCAGUUCAAUCAGCGCCAACGCACAGCCACAAAAGUGUCUUGCCUGUCUAUCAACAGGUUCCAGAGACAAAGCAUGAGCUUGAGUGGGCGGACCUUGUAACUCUCGACUUGUCCAAGUUCGAUCAACCAGGCGGUAAGGAGGGUCUGGCGAAGCAACUCUUCGAUGCGAUUCAGAAUAUCGGCUUCUUCUACAUAGUAAACUUCGGUCUAAGCCAAGAAGAGGUCGACCGCCAGUUCUCAAUCGGAAAGUCGGUGUUUGAGUUGCCCACAGAGGAAAAGCUCAAGUAUCGAGCUGACCUCGAGAAUGGAGGGUACAACGGUUAUAAGCCGCUCGGACUGAGGGAAGUUCGCCCCGGCAUUUUCGAUAACACGGAGAUCUUCAACAUCCCAAAGUUCAUUCCGGCUUUCGAACGUCCGCAGCCUGAGGUCAUCAACCAGAACAAAGAGGAGAUUGAGCACUUUGCUCGUCACAUCCACGACAACAUCGUCCACAAGCUUCUCACUCUCUUCGCCAUCAUCUUGGAGCUCCCAGAGGACUACUUCUCCGCGCGCCAUCGGUACGACGAAGCCCUUUCAGAAUGCCAUCUCAGAUACAUGAAGUACCAUGCACGAGAUGAUGAGACGAACGCCAAGCUCGAGAACGUCUGGGUCAAGGGACACACGGACUUUGGGAGUUUGACUUUGCUCUUCCGUCAGCCAGUUGCCGCACUGCAAGUUCGAGGAAACGACGGGAAUUGGAAGUGGGUGAAACCGUAUGAUGGAAGUAUCACAGUGAAUGUGGCCGACGCUUUGGAGUUUCUCAGCAACGGCUUCCUCAAAAGCAGCAUCCAUCGUGUCGUCGUCCCACCACCAGACCAGGCCGGCAUUGACCGCCUGGGUGUCUUGUACUUUGUCCGCCCCGAAGACAGCCUCGAACUCAGGCCGGUGCAAAGUAAAGUCUUGGAACGGCUGGGAUACAACUCAAACGCCAACUCCGAGUUGGCCGGCAUCACAGCAGGUGAGUGGGUCAAGGCUAGAGUGCGGGCAGGCGUAAACAAGAACAAGCAGGCGAGGAGCGAGAUAUCGGAGCAGGAGAUUGUCAAGGGUGUUAAGGCCAAAUAUUACGACUAG